GGUAUCCACACGGUCUUCCUUGCACAAGGCGGCGAUAUUUCUGGACAACGUUAAAUCCACCGAAGAAAAUACUGAAAGGGCGUCGUUUUCAAAGCGGGUCGUUUUUUUCGAACAACAGCUGUGUUGUUGUCUUGGUACUGAAAAUACAACAGUAACUAGCUAACUGUUUCAUUCAAUACUUGUGCUGCAAAAUAGACGUAGCUAACGUCAUGCAUUUAUUAUAAGAAGCUCACACUGUACAGGAAAUGGAACAGAUGGAUUUCUCAGAAGAUGAAAUACAACACCAAUUGGAGGCACUUGGUUACAACAACAUACCAAGACACAGACUACAUGAAUUCAAAAGAGAUCUAGAUGACCUGAUCCGACAUGAAAAAUCUAAGAGCCACUCGUCCAGUGAAUUGAACUCGACAAGAUCUCAAAGCACCAUCUUCAAAAGUCCUCCUGCAGUCACCAAGGUUAAAGUACAUCAGGAUAACACCGCAGCCUUCAGAAAUGUGUUUGCGCAGGCUGGUCCAUCACACCAUGAAAGACAGGUGCUAACCUCCACAUACAGCAGAGAUAACAGUAACUAUGGUGCCAGACAGGAGUAUGACUCCUACACUCAGCACUCUGUUGCCCCCAAGUACCAGCGCCCCUCAACAGCCCCUAAUAGGCUGGAAGUGGAUCCAGACCUAACUGACYUCCAGCAGUUAUCGUUCGCUGUCAGUCAGUCGUCCACACCAGACCGAGACACAGGAGCGCAUGGGAGACCCUUUAUUAAGAGGAAAGUCCUUAGGAAACAUCAAGGCCAAGUUCACGUCUGCGAUGAAUCAACACAUAGUGAAGAUUCAGGUGCAGUGAGUGGGCUGGGGGAGCGUCUGGGAGGGAUUCAUGUGUCCAUGUCCACCCACCAGGAGUCGGAGCUGGAGAGUGAGGAUGCAGGUAGUCUGAGUGACAGGUCUGAAUCAGACUGUCUCCCAAGUGCCUUCAAAGCCUACAGAGGCAUGGCCAGAUCUCAGAGCGAGAGUGACAUCAGACCCCGGCCCAWGUCGUGUAAGUACCCACACUGCUGUUACACGUCAUCGUCCUGUUACAAUGUGCCCCAGUUAAACGUAGUCACUCAUGUCUGCUCUUCCAGUUAUCCGCCCAGUGAUGGAUCACCCUCACACCAGAAGCCUGAAGAAGACCGACCCAGUGGCAAAGUAUUUCCAGUACAAGCAGGACUGGGAAAUGUUCAAGGCGCCAGGAGAGAAGGAUAGGAAAGCACUGCACUGGGAAAUCAGGGAACAGCUCGCGUACCAACCUCUACCACCGAAGCCUCGAAGAGUAUUUGUGCCCAACACCUACGUGGUGCCUACAGAGAAGAAACGCUCCGCCCUGAGAUGGGAAAUACGACAUGACUUGGCCAAUGGACUCCUACCGCCAAACAACUAUCGACUCUAGGCAUCAUGUACCUUACGCCUUAAAUAGGCUCUCUUUUAAUCACCAGUUUGCAUAUAUUUUAUCAUUAACAUUAAUUUAUUCACAAGUUUUUAUUGAACAUAUUAAAAUGCACGACAAACA